CACGUCCUCCCUCCCCCUCUCGCUUGUUCACAGCAGCACAGUCCAGCAGAGCACAAGUAGCGUACUAGCAUGGCGCUCGCUGCAGUUGGAGUUCCGUUGUCUCGCCUGUGUCCGUUUCGUGUUACCUUUUACUUGUGUGUCUGACGCGGGCGCGUUCGUACUCACCGCUGCGCACCUCCGGCGGAAAACAACAGCAUUUGUUCGGUGAGUACUCCACAUAAGUGGCUAAAAGGUCCCAGGUAGCCUGCUAACUAUUAACGUUAGCAAGGAGGCAGAAAUUGGGAGAUACGGGGCAACAAGAGGAGGAGUCCUGUUUGGGAAAAGCUGAUGCAAAUGCCAUGGCCAUAGCUGAGGCAUGGGAGUGACGUGACCGUACAGAUCCGGUUUCCAAACAAAACCUUAUCGGCAUCAUGUUUUUCUGCUGACGCCAAGGCAGAAAACACGGACAAUGGACGAGUCAGUGUUGUUGGAUUUGCUCGAGUGCCCCGUUUGUCUGGAGCGGCUCGAUGCCUCCGCAAAGGUGCUUCCCUGUCAGCACACCUUCUGCCGCAGGUGCCUCCAAGGCAUUCUGGGGUCACGCGGGGAGCUGCGCUGCCCAGAGUGCCGCACGCUGGUGGAGUGCGCCGUGGAUGAACUCCCCAGCAACAUCCUCCUGGUGCGCCUGUUGGACGGCAUCAAGCAGCGGCCCCGGAGGGCUGGUCCUGGAGCUGGUGUUUGCGCGAAUGGUACAUCUGGAGCUGUGGCCAGAGCACAUGGCACUGGGACCAGGGAUCAGGCCGCACCAGGAGCACAACCCCAGCGAGCUCAGGCCAAGAGCACCCUUGUCCGGGGUGUCCCUCAGCUCCCGUGUGCAAAAGCGCUCUACAACUAUGAUGGCAAGGAACCAGGAGACCUCAAGUUUAGCAAGGGUGACAUCAUUAUUCUGCGGCGGCAAGUGGAUGAAAACUGGUACCACGGAGAAGUGGGUGGAGUCCACGGCUUUUUCCCCACCAACUUUGUUCAGGUCAUCAAGCCGCUGCCACAGCCACCACCUCAGUGCAAAGCUCUGUAUGACUUUGAGCUUAAAGACAAGGAGGCAGACAAGGACUGUCUGCCCUUCUCAAAGGAUGAUAUCCUGACCGUGAUCCGCAGAGUGGAUGAAAACUGGGCAGAGGGUAUGCUGGGAGAUAAAAUUGGAAUCUUUCCAAUCUCCUAUGUAGAGUUCAACUCGGCAGCUCGGCAGCUUAUUGAGUUGGACAAGCCGUCAGACUCCACUGGAGACGCUGGUGAGGGGGCCUCCUCAGGCCCCCAGAGCAAUGGUGCCCAGCGAGCAGGGGAGAAGAAGAACAGCAAGAAGCGACAUUCCUUUACUUCUCUCACUAUGUCCCACAAACCCAUGCUAGCGCCUCCUCCCCAGCGCCACUCAAUGGAAAUCAGCGGGCCGGUCCUCAUAAGCUCCAGCAAUCCCACAGCAGCUGCUCGGAUCGGAGAGAUCAGUGGGGGGCUUUCCUGUAGUGCACCAUCACAGGUACACAUUUGCACAACUGGACUGAUUGUGACCCCACCCCCUAGCAGUCCAGUUACCACAGCAACAGUCUUCACGUUUCCCUCGGAGACGAGCUACACAUCUAUAGCUGUGGAUGCUCUUCCGCCACCCCCACCUCCUCCUCCACAGUCCUCUGCUGCUGGAGCAGCAUAUCCACUGACUGCCGGACAGAGACCCUCCCCCAGCAUAAGCGACCAAAGUGGGAGACAAAGACCCACAGUCUAUGUGGCCAUGUUUCCAUAUAUUCCCCGUAAGGACGAUGAGCUGGAGCUAAGGAAGGGAGAGAUGUUUUUAGUGUUGGAACGCUGUCAGGAUGGGUGGUUCAAGGGCACCUCCAUGCACACGGGCAAGAUUGGAGUUUUCCCUGGGAACUACAUGAGUCCUGUCAGUAGAACGGCUUCAGGGAGCACCCAGCCCAAAGUGCCCAUGAGCCUGUGCACUCAAGCUGGUAGAGGGGUCACCAUCGUCAGCCCCUCUCCUGCUCCCCUUGGGGCUAUUGUUCAAGGGCCUGACUUCAGUAAACCCACCACAGUGUGCUCCAGCGUUGCCUCUGCCAGCUCUCAACCUGCAGCUGUGGUGACGGUGGCUCAGACAGCCACGGGCCAGCAGCCAAAAGUCCCGCUGCAUGUCAGCUCCCAGAUGACUGUGAAUCAGGCUCGCAAUGCAGUCAGGACAGCUGCGUGCCACAGUCAGGACCGGCCCACCGCAGCAGUGACUCCGAUGCAGUCGGCGACGCCCGUGACCUAUCUCCCACACCUCGUGGUUUGCCCGCAGCCUUCCUCCGGACCUCCCCAAAGCUGCACUCGAGCCGGAGUGGCGAUGGGCUGUGCUGCUUCCUCGCUGACUCCACCCAACGUCAGUGCUGCGUUGUUGGACGGGGAUGCUCUGCGCCCGGUGCCUGUUGGCCCUGGGAACGGCUCAGCCCUCAGUGCUAUGUCCAACAGCACAGCUCUCGCCUGUCGACUGGAGAAGGAUGUCAAGAGAGAAAAGAAAAGUCUUCUGAAGCUCUUGUCCUCCAAUAAGAAGAAGUCACGUCCAUCGCCCCCCUCCUCUCCUACCCUGGAGGCAGAACAAGCUGCUGCUGGAGAAAUGCUGCAUGGUGCCAUGGGGCAUGACACCUCCCCUCCCUCCUGCUCUGUCAGCUGCCUUGAGUCUGAAUCUGCUGCUGCUGUUGCAUCUGCGUCUUCGCCCUCAUCAUCCUCUUCACUUCCUGAGCCCUCCCACUGGAAAAGCAGUCCCCUGGAUGGGUGCGCUCCCAUUGCUCCUCCUCCCCGCCAGCCGUGCUCCUCUCUCGUAUCUCAGCACCAUGACGCAAGGCCCAUCAUAUGUGAGAGGUACAGGGUGGUGGUAUCGUAUCCUCCCCAGAGCGAGGCCGAGUUGGAACUUAAGGAAGGCGACAUUGUGUUUGUUCACAGGAAGAGGGAGGACGGCUGGUUCAAAGGCACGCUGCAGAGGAACGGCAAGACGGGACUGUUCCCCGGCAGCUUUGUAGACCUCAUCUGAUAAACCCACCACGGUGAAGAACUGCUGACCCGGCCGGUCACUGCGAGACUCCUCACAUUGUGAACAAACCAAACAUAUCUGCACGGUCACCAGGACUGGACACCACAUUUUAACUGCUCACAGCCCAGUGUGGCUCCGGUGGUGAUGUACGAGGGAGAGCUGCAGAGGAAAAGGGGAUGAAAGCACAGUUGAUGGAGAGCACACUAUUCAUGAACUGUUUCUAUUUGUUGGUUAUUUAUAUCUUUGUAACGAUUCCGCGUUUAAAUGUGUGCCUUGUACUGUUUCUGACUGUAUUGUGUAUAUAAGGACACAGAGAUGAUUAGUCUAAAACAACUGAACUGUUGAUAUAGAUAUGUUACACACUUUAACUUAUUUCAUAGAUUGGCCUGCACAAGCCACAUUGUCACAUUUUACCACAGCAGUUCAAGUCUUACUAUUGUUUUAAACAGUCAGCAGAUGAAAAGCAGCAUAAAACUCCUACAUAGUCGCUGCAGUCCAAUGCUGCUUAUUUAUACCUUCCUUGUAUUAACUGAACAGAGUAGCUGCUCUCCUAACCCCCUCAGACGUAGCUCUAAACUACGAGAGCGACAUAAACCUUCAUUAACUGCGCACAGCCUAUUAAUUUCAGUGUAUAUUUAUGUCCAGUCUGACACCUGCUGCCCCGCAGACCGUCGUCUGUCACGCGUGGACAUGCAGUGGGACACAGGAUGCAGCCUUCAGCUGGCUCUCAGUCUUUAUAUCCUAUAACUCACUCCUAAUGUGACGUGUGGCAGUAAAAGCACAGCAUGUUUUCCUGAAGUAAUGUACUUUAUCGUCAUAUCACUCCAAUGAGAGAUUUGUAGCAUAAUUCUCUUCAGUUUUAAAAGGCACAGUUGUUUUUUUUCCCUUAAUUGGAACCAAUCACUUUACUGCCCAUUAUUUGUUUUUAUUAUUCUGUGGUUAAGGUCGUUUGUAAAUCUUAAUGAAAAUUUUAUGUUCAAUUGUGCAUUGACUGGAAUUGAAUUAGUACUUCAGAGAAUGAACACUGCCUUAUUCCUUAUUGCAUCCUUAUUAAAUAUAACAUCUUGGAUUAAUUUAAAAGACUUCCAAGUGUUGGUUAUCAUUAAUGACUUUCCUCUCAGUGACCUGAAGUCUGUGGGGACAUUGAAACACUUUGGACACUUUCGCUGACUGGUGCCUUUGGCUUUGAGUACAAAUUUGGUGACUGAAUUGCACCCGGAGCUUCAAACAGCGUCUUUGUUUUUUUGUUUUAGUUUCUUUUUAUUUGAGGGGAAUCACUGUGUAACUGAUUGCAGGUGUGUGGUGAGAUUUGUUUUAAACCUGCAGAGAGAGUGUGGGAACGGAACGGAUGGUACAAAUCACUGUUCGGGCCUUUUGUUUCUUGUGUUCCUGGACGGCAUGUAGAAUUAACCCGAUGUCUUGGCCAUCAGCACACGAACCUCAGGCUUUCUGCUCAAACAGCUCCUUUGAGUGUCUUUUCAUUUCACUGGUACGCCUUUAAUAAACACAUCAGACUUACUACAACACAGAUGCACAUAUGUAUGCACUAUCAAAACCUUUCUAAUCAUACUGACCUUUCAUCCGUAUAUCAUGCGUAGGCUGCACAAAUCCAGACUGAAAACAUGAAGCAUUUCUUACGGUUACUAUAAUAUAUUUUCAUCUUUUGGAACACGUGGCAAUUUAAGCUUGUUUGAGUCGAUGUAACAGAUCUUCCUCAUGCCAAGGUGACUUACUUGAUCCUUUUUUUGUCUGUAGUUAGUCUUCUAUGUCUGAAAAUUGUGAAACUGAAAUUUGGCACAAGUCUAUUAUGUGAAAAAAGAACAUUCUGAAGUAUUUGAGGGAAUAGCACAUUUUGUAAAAAUCUCUAUAACAAUAAAAGCUAAUGGUUUCCAUACA